AUGGAGCUGCAACACAUUGUAAAGAAGCUGCAGCGGGAACUAACCUGUUCCAUUUGUAGCAAGAGUUUCUUAAAUCCGACAACGCUUGCCUGCGGGCACAAUUUCUGCCAUGCCUGCAUUGUGAGUUACUGGGGACAAUUUCCCCUUGAGAUUGCUUGCCCUCAGUGUCAGGAGAAAAUUCCUCGGCUGAACUUUAUACCAAACGGGCAGCUGGCGAAUAUUACAAAACUGGUCGAAGAGUUGAGCGUUGAUAUAAAACAAAUCAGAGAAGAGGGCCAGGUGUGUAAGGACCACCCUCCGGCUCUCAAGGCUUUCUGCAGGGAUGAGCUCGUCGUUUUCUGUUCGAUGUGUGACAGAUCACAGGAGCAUCAGGCUCAUAACGUUGUCCCUGUGGCUGAGGCUGCCGAAGAGUACAAGGUGAGAACCUUUGGCGAGGGCGCCGAAGAUGGAACUCGCUCUCCCCCACCCCAUUGCUAUUUUCUUUCUUCUUUUUCCUCAUCCAGCUUGCUUUCUGGUGGAACUGCUGCAGCUGUGCUUGCUAAAACUGCCCAGGCUCUUGUGGGAACAAAGACCUCACACUCAACUUUGCUUGUUGUGAUUUCAGACAGCAUGGCUAUUGGGAACAUUAGGAUGAAGCUACAGUCAGAAAUAACUUGCUUUGUGUGUUUGGAGUAUCUUAUAGAACCUGUGACUCUUGACUGCGGGCACAACUUCUGCCAUGCCUGCAUUGUGAAGUCCUGGGGGCAGAUUUCUGAUGAGACUGCUUGCCCUCGGUGUAAAGUAGCAGUUCCUCGGUUGAAUUUUAAGCCAAAUGGGCAGCUGGCUAACGUCGUCCACUUAAUCAGGCAGCUGAGUGAUCAGGCAAAGCAGAUGGCAAGAACAAGCAAAACCUGUAAGGGACAUGAAACGGCAACCUUGUCUUUCUGCAAAGAUGAUCUUGUCCCCGUCUGCUUACUUUGUGAUGGAUCCCAGAAGCACCAGACUCACGAUGUUAUCUCUGUGGCACAAGCUGCUGAAGAGUACAAGGAUAAAUUUUUAAGCUGUAUUGAGAGUCUAAGGAAGGAGAAAAAAGUGAUUAUGGAGCAUCUCUCAGAUACAGAAAAACAAAGUCAAGAUCUGAUUCAACUAGUAGAAGCAGAGAGACAGAAAGUGAGAGAAGGGUUUAAUCAUCUACAUCAGCUUGUAGCAGAACAAAGCUGCCUGUGGCUUACUAAAACUGAAGAGGUAAAGAUGGAGAUCAUGUUGAAAACAAAUGAACAGACGGCUGUAAUUUCCAAGGAACUGUUUGUUCUUGAUGACAUCAUCCGGGAUUUAGUUGAGAAACGUGAUCAGCCAGUGUUGGAAUUCCUGGAGGAUGCCCAAACCAUCUUGGACCGGUAUCAGAAGAAGAAGAAAUUUGAGAAUCCAACGGACUUUCCACCAGAGACUAAACAUGAAAUCUGGGGACUGCAGGACUUCAGUGCUUUUCUGCCUGGUGCUGUGAAGCAAUUUGAGGGUAACGGAAAGGCUUUGUCAUACUUUAACUCGAUGCCACAAUUGGAAAGUCAACCAUAUUACAACAUGGCAGCUACACAGCCUCUGAUCAUCCUUCAGAACACCUGUGUGGAGGAGAAAUCAAAAGGAAAUUUAAACAAAUCUCGUCCAAUGGAGGAUGACAACUCCCAUGUCUUGGAAGCAAACUGUUCUAUUUGUAGGCGAUAUUGUAAUCAACCCGUAAUUCUUGAUUGUGGGCACAUUUUCUGCCAAGAUUGCAUUAUGAAGUGCUGGAAAGAAUCUCCAACAGAACUUGCCUGUCCUCAGUGCAAGCAUAUAAUUGCUCAGGAGGACGUCAGCCAAAACCAGCAACUGGACAAUGUGGUCAGAUUACUCAAACAACUAAGAUAUUGGGCAGAACAAGAGACCAAAUCUUGUCAGCAACAUCAUGAGAAUUUGGAGCUGUUCUGUAAGAAUGACCAGGACUUUGUCUGUUCACUUUGUCAUGGAUCUGAGGAACACCAGGCUCACACGGUCAUUCCUGUGGAAACAGCUGCUCUGGAGUUCAAGAAUUUAUUUCUCAGUUGCCUGAAUGUUCUGAAGAAGGAAAGAGAUGAGAUUUUGAAACUUCAGUCAAACAUGGACUAUGAAUGCCAAACUCUGCUUGAGCAGCUAGAAAGAAACAAAGAAACCGUGAAAACUGAUUUUGAAGAGCUGCACCAAUUUCUUGAGGAACAAGAGGAUUUUCUGCUGACUAGAAUGGAGGACGUGGAAGAUAACAUUGCACAGAAGAGAGAGGAGCAUAUUGAUCAGAUCGCAAGGGAGCUCUGCUCCCUGGAAACCAUCAUCUGGGAAAUGCAGGAGAAAUGCCAGCAACCAAUAAAUGAACUCCUACAGGAUACUGGAAGCACCUUGACGAAGUUCUUGACAAAAGACAUUUUUGAUAGCCCUGUGAUGUUUCCACUGGCGCUAAGAUGGGAAUUCUGGGACCUGUGCGAUUUAAGUGCUAUUUUGAAGAAUGCCAUGAGGCAGUUUCAAGAUGCAAUGGACUCUGGAUAUCCGCUGUGCAAAGCCCAAGUGACUUUGGAUCCAGACACAGCUCAUCCCAAACUCAUUCUGUCUGAGAAUCGGAAAAGCAUGAUCCUGGGAAACUGGCCUAGACUUCGUUCCCAUUGUUCUAAAAGAUUUGAUCAGUGUCUUUUCGUGCUGGGAAAGGAGAAAUUCAAGACAGGCAGGUGUUACUGGGAAGUCACUGUAGGCAAUGAGGACGGCUGGGGCCUGGGAGUUGCCAGGGCCUCUGUGAAGCGCAAAGGCAUUGUCUCCCUAGAUCCUGCAGAAGGAAUCUGGGCAAUGGCGAAGUGGGGAGACCACUGUACAGUUCUCCACCCUUCUCAUUUGCCCGCUCUGCCUAUGAACUGGGAUCUCCAGAGGAUCCGAGUAUCUCUGAAUUAUAUUGGAGGUCGGCUGUCCUUUUUUGAUGCAGAUAGAGGGAUUCUGUUGUUUGCCUUCUCGGAGGCUUCAUUUUCUGGAGAACCACUUCACCCUUUCUUUUGCUUCAGGGAAAAGCUCAACUCAUUCUCUGUUAUUAAAAUGGUUCGACCUUGUACGCCAUACACUUCCCAGCACCAUCACCUUCAUAAUUUUCAAUCCAGAUUUUCCUUCUACCUCAUUUCCAUAUCAUCCCAAUGUCCCAGCUGUUGA